AUGACGACGAUUUCUCCGCAAUUUCUAGUCUUUGAUAGCAAAACGGGGCCUAAGAGUGAAGAAGGGCGGACGAUCUACUGCUCGUCUAAAGACUCUAAAGUCGAAUGGCCACCGUCCGUUCGAAGAGGAAGACCGAGGAAAGGCGGGUCCUCGUUGAAGUCCCAGGCUGAAAGAUCUCCAAAGCAGCGCUAUGAAUUCGUAGACUGUUCGGACAGAAAACGGCCCAAUGACGCUUUUACUCGAAAGCUCGUCCGGACUCAUGUUAUGCACGACCAUCGACGGCAGAAGCGUGGACUUCAAGAUCUGGAAACCUCAAAUCGCGACCAUGACCUAGAACCAGUUGUUGAACUGGAAAGUCAAGAUGAUAACGCAGAACAAAUCCUCGAACUCGCCUACCCCCCUUUCCUAACCCCCGAACGCUGGAGCCGCGACCCCUUCGACAGCUUUCCCCUGAAAAUGCAACCACACAUGCACGAACUCCUCUACCUCUACGUCUCCGCCGCAUCACCCUAUCUCUACCCCAUCGAAGCCCACUACGGCCUCAACCCAACAUCCACCCACUGGGUACCCCUCGCCCUCACCGACCCGGCCCUGCUGAGCUCGCUCCUCUUCUCCAGCGAGCAGUUUUCGGCAAAAGUGCAUGGUCGGCUAGUGCCAUCCUCCGCCCUUAGCCACCUAACGCAAGCGGUUCGGAUCUUGAAUGAACGGCUGCAGAGUCUUGUGGAGGAGAUUGGAGAUUCGACGAUUGCGGCUGUGGCUGGCUUAGCCUUGACGGAACAAGCAAGCGGUCGACAGGAGAACUGGCGCAUCCACAUGAAGGGGAUAGAGCGGAUGGUCGAGAUGCGGGGGGGCUUGGUGGCUUUCGAGGGCAGGCCGAUCUUUCAGGACAAGCUUUGCCGUGCAGACAUCUGCGGCUCCGUAUACUCUCUUUCGCGGCCCUACCUCCAGCUUGCAACUAGCAAAGCACAGCCGCGCAUCCUCUCCAGCUACGCCAAACCCGAGCGGGUCCUCCUUCCCGGAUUCCAGGCCGUCCACAAUGCGUACGGACUCGACGCCGAUCUUCUCGACAUCCUCUACGACACACGCAGCGUGACUGGGCACUUCAACGUCACGGACCCCACAAACUCAGACACUAAGCCCUCCCAUCUCCGCUCCCAAAUUCGCUCAAUCCAAUACCGCCUUCUCUCCUCUAACAUCAGCGGAUCAGAACAUCACUUACUCAAAGCCUGUCGUCUAGGCAUCUUACUCUACACCGGCGUCAUCCAGAACGAGUUCUGGGCGUCGCCGGUAAGCGCGCAGUUCAUGCAGCAAGUGCGAAGCUGUCUCGGACGAGACGGGGGUUUUGAUAGUGCGGCGACGCGUGCAGUGAGGCUGUGGCUGCUUUUUCUCGCGGGGGCUGCCGUUAGUGAGCCGAGUGAGAGAAGAUGGGUUGUGGGGAGUAUGGUGGACGUUAUUGAGGAGUUGAAGCUAACAAGUUGGGGGCAGGUUAGGGGGGUCUUGGAGAACUGUGCUUGGGUUGGGAAGGUCAUGGAUAGGGGGGGCGAAGAGCUGUGGGGAGAGCUUGGGAGGUUGUGA